AUGGCCAGAGCUUAUUUCGCGUCCAAUCCCUCCACAUCCACCACGACGACCUGUCUAGCUAGCUCUGCCCAGACUUGCACUACGACCACCACCCUACCCUCCGCCGCGUCGCCGCCCCCGCCAACUCCCUACAACUUCGCGCGCCUCGUCGGCUCCUCCUCUUCGUACCCCAAGGCCGAGGACCACGGCGACUCCAGGUUCAAGAGGUUGCCAAUGCCUCUCGAGCUCGCCAUCUCGUCGCGGGCGCAUUGGCUCAGUCGGGUCCGGUCAUGUCUCCGCCUGCUCAUCAUCGUCCUGAGCGGCGCAGUCGUCUGCAUGCUCAUGCACACGUUUGAGAUCUACCGCGGCAAUCGCUACAUCGACCUGCGCAAAGGAGAACUGCCCAUGGUCUGGCCUGCCCAUACCAACCUGGCGCCGACCAUCAUCCUCUUCGCCAUUGCCGCCGGCAACUUCCUCGCCUCGGUCGCCAUCCUCACCCUCUCCUUCAAGCGCUCCUUCCGCCGGCCCUUCCGCUCGCGCGACGUCUACCGCAUCGUCGCUGGCAGCUUUGGCGUCAUCAUGUGGAUCACAGCGCUGGUCGUCUUCAACCUCUUGGACAAGGCUAGCAAGGCAAGCUUGGGAAGAUACUCGUGCACCAACGCGAAUGUCUUGACCAACGGCCGCUACCAAUACCGCGCCGUCUGUGAAGAGCAGGGUGUCGCAUUCUACACCGCCAUUGGCGCAGCCUCCGCAGAGCUUCUCACACUCAUCACUCUCGCCAUCUCCGCCAUCCUGUCCGUCAAGAAUCAGGAACCACCCCCGACCAUACAGAUUCGCGAGAAGAACAACUCGAUAAGCUCCGGCUCAAAGUACCACAAGCCUUUAAAACGAUAA